ACUGCUCUGCCGCUCGACAGCGCUGUGCUCGACAGCGUGUGAUGCUGUGAGUUUAUAAAGUGGCAGUCUCGCCGCCAUCGAUGCGACCCUGCGCGCUGUUCUGCCUCCUGGCACCACCGACCAUGGCCUGGCAGCAUCUCAAGGAGAUCAAAGACCCGCAGACCUACGAAGCGCUGCUGUACGAACCGCAGGGGAGCGGCCCGUGGCCUCUGCUACUGUACCUGCACGGCGCCGGCGAAUCCGGCAGCAACGUGGCCGAUCUCAUAUCGGAAGGCGCCACCGGCACGCCUCCGGUGGCGCUGGAGAAGGGUAACGCCAUCGAAGCGCUGUCGACGCAAUUCGUCGUGGUUGCCCCACAGACGAGUCGCGGCUGGGCUCCCGACGAAGUCGCGGCAUUCGUCAAAUUCCUGCAGGGGCGGCUGUCGCUGGACGCGUCGCGGCUCUACGUGACAGGUCACAGCAUGGGUGGCUCCGGCGCACUCCACGCCGCGACGACUGGCGUCUUCGCCGCCUGUGCAGCGGUGGCGCCGGCGGGCGGCGCGCGGCCGCGAGACCUGAUGCAGGUGCCCGUGUGGGCGUUCCACGGCCGCAACGACGUCAUCGUGCCCGCGGCCAUCUCGGAGCGGCUCAUCACCGCGAUGCACCGCGCCGGGGCGAGUCCCGACCAGGCGCGAUUGACUCUCUACGACGAAGCCCCGACGCCGCCCGGCUGGCCAAGUUCGGUCGGCCACGCGUCGACGAUCCCCGCCUACUCGGAUCCGGAGCUGUAUGGUUGGUUGCUGCGUCAUACGAAGUCCGCAGUGUAAUUUCAUCUUGUUUGUA